AUGGCAGCCCGUUCCCUCUUCUUCAGUCUCACCCGAAAUGCACGGAGGGAGGAUAAAAGUUCAUUCAGAUUCCUGUUUUCAACAAGUCAAGUUGCCCAUCAAAUUCAAGAACCCUCCACCACAAUCCGCGAAGAACACGCAGAUUAUAACACAGAAGAAGGUCAGAAAGAUGAUUUAAAGAGCAGGAUUUUCAGACUCAGACUCCCCAAGAGGAGCGCCACCAAUAUUUUACAGAAAUGGAUCAGCGAAGGAAACAAAAUCUCCACCUCUGACCUCCGAAGCAUCUCUAGAGACCUAAGAACUUCCCACCGUUACAAACACGCUCUUGAGGUUCUGAUCUAG